GGCUCACGAGGAACGAACCGGAUCGAUGCUCUCCUUCUACAAUGUUAUCAGCGCUCAACUCGGGGCGCCGUCCGACAUCCGAUCUCUCCAGAACCGCUGUCUCACCCCAGGACUCUACAAUACACACCUGGAGAGAUGGUUAACACACUACCCUGUAGACCAGCUGAUAAUUAUAGAUGGACAGCAGUUGAGGAGAGAUCCAGCAGCAGUCAUGGAGGAGGUCCAGAAGUUCCUGGGAGUUACUCCUCACUACAACUACACACGGACUCUCAAGUUUGACCAGCAGACGGGUUUGUGGAGUCAGCUUUUAGAAGGGGGGAAGACUAAGUGUUUGUGGAGUAAAGGACAGGAAUACCCUCCUAUGGAACCAGAGGCACGGUCCUACCUGUCCAGGUACUAUAGGGAACACAACAUAGACCUGUCCAAGCUGCUCCAUCGGCUGGGUCAGCCUCUCCCCUCCUGGCUCAGGGAGGAACUACAGAAGGUCAGUUAACAGGGUUAAAGGUCAGGGUUCAGGGGACACCGGCUGGGGUCAGCCUCUCCCCUCCUGGCUCAGGGAGGAACUACGGAAGGUCAGUUAACCUCUAACCUCUACCAGCAGCCCAGGUUCGUAGGUCAGGUGUUAAGGGUCGGGGGACCAUUAAGAGGAAGAGGGCGUGACCUUUCAGGACCUUCUCAAGACCGUGGUGAAGGAUGGAAGAGAGACUAUGAACUAUGAACUAUGAACUCUGUCCUGGCUUGACCUCACAGAGGAGAAGAGACACUAGAUCACUGAUGUAUGGAGGGAUAACUGGAUAUCUUGGUCUCUGAACUCAGAGAGAUAACUGGACAGAUGAAUGGAUAGUCUCUGAACUCAGAGAGAUAACUGGACAGAUGAAUGGACAGUCUCUGAACUCAGAGAGAUGAAUGGACAGAUGAAUGGAUAGUCUCUGAACUCAGAGAGAUAACUGGACAGAUUAAUGGAUGGUCUCUGAAUUCAAAGAGAUAAAUGGACAGAUGAAUGGAUAGUCUCUGAACUCAGAGAGAUAAAUGGACAGAUGAAUGGAUAGUCUCUGAACUCAGAGAGAUGAAUGGACAGAUUAAUGGAUAGUCUCUGAACUCUGAGAGAUAAAUGGACAGAUGAAUGGAUAGUCUCUGAACUCAGAGAGAUAACUGGACAGAUUAAUGGAUAGUCUCUGAACUCAGAGAGAUAACUGGACAGAUGAAUGGAUAGUCUCUGAACUUACAGAGAGAUAAAUGGACAGAUAAAUGGAUAGUCUGAACUUACAGAGAGAUAAAUGGACAGAUAAAUGGAUAGUCUCUGAACUCAGAGAGAUAACUGGACAGAUGAAUGGACAGUCUCUGAACUCAGAGAGAUAACUGGACAGAUGAAUGGAUAGUCUCUGAACUCAGAGAGAUAAAUGGACAGAUGAAUGGAUAGUCUCUGAACUCAGAGAGAUAACUGGACAGAUGAAUGGAUAGUCUCUGAACUCAGAGAGAUAACUGGACAGAUGAAUGGAUAGUCUCUGAACUCAGAGAGAUAACUGGACAGAUGAAUGGAUAGUCUCUGAACUCAGAGAGAUAAAUGGACAGAUGAUGGAUAGUCUCUGAACUCAGAGAGAUAACUGGACAGAUGAAUGGAUAGUCUCUGAACUCAGAGAGAUAACUGGACAGAUGAAUGGACAGUCUCUGAACUCAGAGAGAUAACUGGACAGAUGAAUGGAUAGUCUCUGAACUCAGAGAGAUGAAUGGACAGAUGAAUGGAUAGUCUCUGAACUCAGAGAGAUAACUGGACAGAUGAAUGGAUAGUCUCUGAACUCAGAGAGAUAACUGGACAGAUGAAUGGAUAGUCUCUGAACUCAGAGAGAUGAAUGGACAGAUGAAUGGAUAGUCUCUGAACUCAGAGAGAUAACUGGACAGAUGAAUGGACAGUCUCUGAACUCAGAGAGAUAACUGGACAGAUGAAUGGAUAGUCUAUCUGAACUCUGAGAGAUAACUGGACAGAUGAAUGGAUAGUCUCUGAACUUACAGAGAGAUAACUGGACAGAUGAAUGGACAGUCUAUCUGAACUCAGAGAGAUAACUGGACAGAUGAAUGGAUAGUCUCUGAACUCAGAGAGAUAACUGGACAGAUGAAUGGAUAGUCUCUGAACUCAGAGAGAUAACUGGACAGAUGAAUGGACAGUCUAUCUGAACUCUGAGAGAUAACUGGACAGAUGAAUGGAUAGUCUCUGAACUCAGAGAGAUAACUGGACAGAUGAAUGGAUAGUCUAUCUGAACUCUGAGAGAUAACUGGACAGAUGAAUGGAUAGUCUCUGAACUUACAGAGAGAUAACUGGACAGAUGAAUGGAUAGUCUCUGAACUCAGAGAGAUAAAUGGACAGAUGAAUGGAUAGUCUCUGAACUCAGAGAGAUAACUGGACAGAUGAAUGGAUAGUCUAUCAUCCCUCCUCUGGUCCACUCUCCAUCCACCUCCCUCUCUUCUUCUCUCUCUCUCUCAUCCCUCCUCUGGUCCACUCUCC